ACAUAGGUGUAUUUAGGGUAAAAACAGUAUGUUUUUCUGAAAUAAUAGUCUUCAAAUAGCCUGUCGUCCAGUUUUCAGGAGAACGAAAUGGUAUGCUCAGGACUUAACUGAAACUGAUGCAAGAAACAUGUUCAGAAAUGGAAGGUUGAUGACCAAGCUGGAUGUAACCCAGCUGAUAGCAAAAGGUGCAAGUUAUGUACAGCAUCCAGUUUCCAGACAGUUCCACCAAGAAGGCAGCUCACUACCAGAAUGCAGAGGAAGGAAACAAUUUUGCCUCUGACAGUCAUGCCUAUGACACUCACAUCCACUCAUCACCACUGCAGAAGAUGUUGCUGGGUGUUGGCUCCUCAAUUCUUGGACUGUUGGAUCCAACAAGAGCAGAUUUGGUAGCUGUGUCAGGAGAGACAACAGGAGCUAUUGUUCUUCCAUGUCUCCUGAGAAAGAUGCAGGAAGAUCCAGAGGGGCAGGAUAUUCUGAGGGAGCGGCCUGUCAUCAACUCACGCUCCGUGGACCUGGAGGGCCUGGCGCGCCUGCCGGACGGCACGCUCGGACGCGAGUACGUCCGCUUCCUGCAGGACCAGCGCGUGACGCCCGAUAGCCGGGACCCGGUGCGCUUCGUGGACGACGCGGACCAGGCGUACGUGAUGCAGCGGUACCGCGAGUCGCACGACCUCGUGCACACCCUGCUGGGCAUGCCCACCAGCCUGCUGGGCGAGGUGACCGUCAAGUGGGUGGAAGGUCUGCAAACGGGACUGCCCAUGUGCAUCGGAGGCGGCCUGCUGGCGCCGCUGCGGCUCAAGCCCAAACAUCGUCAGCUCUACUGGACGACAUGUCUGCCGUGGGCUCUGCGGGCCGGCCGCCAGGCCCGCUUCCUGCUCAGCGUGUACUGGGAGCGCCGCUGGCACCAGCAGCUGGAGGAGCUGCGGCAAGAGCUGCACGUGCCGCCGCCGCCGGCCCUUAGCUGA